CUACCGAUCCUCUUCAGUCAAUACAUCCUAGUAUUAUUAUUGUUUUUUUCUUUCUUUCUUCCUUUUCUCUUUCGGUUGCCUUUCUGCCAUACUUUAUCGUUAGUUAGCCGACGUCCGUUUCGUUUCCCUCAAAACCACAAACCCAGUCCACAAACAAUCACACAAACAAACUUGAGAUUCCUCACCAAACCUUUCAAAUACCCGUUUCUCAUCCGUUCACUGUUCCUACUAUUUCUGCCUUGCGACAUUAAAAGGGCAAACACUUCGAUAGCGUUUUGCGGUUCUGUUUCUUGACUGAAUUCGCAGUAGUUUCCCCCUUUGUCUUUUUAGGCGUUGUUUGCGUUUGGGUUUUUACCUUGCUUUCGGACAUAUUUGCCCGAAUUAAUCCUAUUGGCGGUAUUUUUUUUUCGGCUUAAAUUUUUUUUUUUUUUUACGAUGACGGCCACGAACGGUUCCCCAUCGCCUAAGCCUCGUCCUGGCAAACAUCAUCGUCACACUAGGAGCAGUUCGUCAUUAACACCUUCUGGCCCUAAAAAUCAUCACUCUCUCAAUCAGGGCUCUCAGGUCCCCUUUAACACACAUUACAUUCCAUUCAACAAUCACCAUCAUAAUAAUAAUCCUGCUGUUCGCUCUGCUGGUGCUGUUUUGACACCACCUCAGACACCAAAAGCACAGGGAUUUAUUGCGAGUAUGGAGACUUCAGGUAAAAAGAAAAAGAAAACGAGGGGUAGACAGAAGGAUAGCGUUCCAGCCACGAAACCUGUUCCUCUUCCUUUCUCUCCUGUGGGGACCAACGAGUCUGUCAAGACCCAGUCCGAAAAUAUUGCCGAGCCCAUUUCGUUGGGCCAAAUGACUCCCCCGAAGCUUUCGGGCACCCCCAUGAAAGCAUAUGCCGGCCCCUUGUUCCAUUCAUCCCCGAACCCUUCUGCACUCCCUGUUCCAAAGUUCUUUUCCAAGUCCGUACCGGUUACUCGCGCCGGAAAUGGAUUACAAGCGAUGGUAGAGAGUGAAGAUUCGGAGGACAACUCAACGACUUCCUCUGUUGAGCAGACUGGGGAAUCUCAUCUUCAGAAAUUGUUCAGGGUUGACAAGGAAGAGAAGGAGCGGUUGAAAAUGAAGCGUCAAAGCUCUGGGUCAAGUUCAUCCACUGAGGGCUCCAUUGGAACACCUUUUGACUGUUCCGAGUUCAAUGGCAGCAGUGUUUUCGAAAUGGUCCGAUCUGCACCGCGUACUCCUAGGCCAGUGGACGGAAUCUUCUCAAUUGAUAUGGACAAACCGACUUCACCCCUCCCGACCCGCUUAUUCCACCGCACUCACUCCUCACCAUUCAAUCACACAUUGUCGGCCACACAAAAAAAUCAGACUGUUUACACUCCAUCUAAGGGAGAUGAUCUCAAGCGUACGGCUGAUCUUCUGAAGUCCCACCUCUUGUCUCCGUUGGCCUCACCAAAUCACGACGAACCUUCCUCACCCGUUCCUGCCCCGAGGUCUCAAAGGCCGAACUUAAAUGCGGGGCCACCCCUAACUCCCACCCGGAACAAUCAGGCUAGUCCGGUUCAGGGGUUUGUUGGGAUUCCAAGCUACUCUCUCGAUAGGGCUCCUCGAACUUCUGUCAACGAUUUGUUCGGCUCGGUGGUACGACAGGCUGGACCCCCGCAAUCUCCUCUUGCCUUGAGGGCGUCCCCUUUCUGCCGUGAUGCCCCUUUGAACUCUAGUUCACCCCAAAGGAACUCACAGCCCAAAAAGUCAGCACUUGCAUCCAAGCUCGAAACCGCUAGAGGAUCUGAUACGCCGUCAAAAAGCGUUGCCGAAAUGGAGAACGACCUAAGACGGGCACUGAAUUUGGAUAGCUACGUCUCUAACGCUGCCUUGGGCGGCGGUGUUCUGAUUUGAUCUUGCAUCUCAAAAAUUUCUAUGAUUUCGGUGUCUGCCCUUUCUGUCCUGCUAUCGUCCCGCCAAAAAAUUUUUACCACUAUUCUCUUUUUCUGGUCUUUUUAGGGGAUGAAGUAUAUAGCUUGGGAACAUCUGAAUUUCUUUCUCACUGGGGUUUUCUGAUUUGGGUUUUUACUAAAUUACUUUACUUUCUCAUUAGGGGCUGUACUUUUUCUUUUCUUUUUGUGCUCAUGUGAUUUGCGACUGGUGGAGACAGGAGUUUAUGGUGGUACGCUAUGUGUUGAAGAAUUCUUUCCUCCACUGUUGUCACUAUAUAUCUCAUUGUUCCAUUUGUAUCUGUUUUGGCGAUUUGUUGGGUGUGCUUCUGGGUGUCUUGCAUUUUGGGUUACGGGGACUAUUUCGUUUUCUUUCGGUCCUAUUCUGGAGCCUACCGGUUUUCCUCUAGGUUGACUAGCUUCUUUUAUGGAAUGUAUGUCUUUUCAUGGCAUUUGUCUGGUUUUAUUUUCCGGGUAAGGGGUUCGGUCGGUCAAAUAGUUGGGUUUUCAGCGUUUUUGCUCUCUUCCUUGCUUUUCUUUUUGUCUUCCCUUUCUACCCUUCCACGCGUUUACAUUUGAUUUGGACACACUACUCGGUGGUUAUUUUUGCCAUAGCAAAAUACCCUUUCCACCUUCUUUCCCGUUACUUUCGCAUAAAUUUACCCUUCAAAAACCAUUUCUUCCGGAAAGAUCAGCUGGCACUCCUUUGUCGGCGCGUCACAUAUCAAACCUAGCUUUUCCUUUUCUUUCUUUAUCUUUACUACAAGACGAUCAUUUCUUUUCCCUAGCUUGUUUCGUGUGUCAUAUUUCGAGUAUAUACCCUUUUUUCUUUUUUACCCUUGGUAUAUAGCCUUCUCGAGCUUCCUAGGGGGCGCGGUUUGGGACUUGUUGGGAUGGGUAAGUGGGAAGAAUGUAUAGGUAAUGGUGGACCGUAUUGUAUAUACUUCAAGGAGGGGGAAGUUGGUGAAGGUAUCGUACGGGAAUGGGUUGGGGGUGAUUGAGUGAUUGGGUUGUUGGUGUGGGGGAGGGGAAGUUGGAAGUUGAAAGUUGGAAGUGGAGAGGUGAUGGUGGCGGUGGGGUUGAUGGAAAAAAUCUUGGGGAACGGGGGGGAGAAAAAGGGCGCCGGUAUUCGAUAGAUAGGAACGGUAGUUCGAUCGUUAAUUGACAAUUUUUACGCCCGA